AUGAAGAGAGAGAGGAGAAGUUGCUUGAGAGGUGUCCUCCUGGCCAUGAGGGCACAAAAUGCCCUGACUGAUGCCACCCAGAUACUGAACAUCAAAUGGUGCCUACAGAAGGAAAUUUGGGCAGCCUCUGAUUUGCUCACUCCAAUCCUUGAAAAAAGCAUCAAGCUUGACAGCAAUUGCUCAGAAAAUGAUGUCUUAACUCCUGGAUGCAUCAAUUUGUCUCUGGCAUGGUUUCAACAGGGGCACAAGAAUCAGUCAGAUCUGGAGGUAUCUGCAUCAUUGAAGGGGGCAUCCUCCAAGAAGAUCCUCAAAGCCAUUGCGAGGCCAGCAGCCAUUGCAACAGCAGCACUCAGGAUAAUGCAUCCUGAGCAGUACUGGGCAGGUUUGCAAGCCUUUUCAAGCCUUGGAGAAAAGGCAGAAAGCAAGGAACUGCUGAAGAUGUCAGAGACUCUCCAGUACUGGGCAUCCAUGUUUAACAGCCUGUCUGUCAUUUCCAAUUGGGAAACCCCCAAUCAUCAAGACCAUUUAUCUAUUCCUGAAUGCUUUGACAUUCUCACUACUGUGGGAAUUAUUCUAAUGCUUGGAUGA